CCAAGCCCCAGUCUUGUUCCUUAAAUGCUCCAUUCAUCCACGAUGGCGGACUUGUUUUCCCCCAUGCUGCUGCUGACACAUCGUUCAUUGAUCGCUUCACCGUUUAAUCUUCUUUUUAUUCCCUUCUGUAAUCCCUAAUGACCUUCUCGGACGCCUCUGUAUAUUAAUAGGCAGUCAUUAAGAGACAUUAUCGGCGUCAUUUUUGUCUGCGCCACCGACACGGACAAAUUCCUCGACAUACCUGGCGAGUCCUCAGGUGGUUGUCGGGUCCGCCCCCGCUUUUGGAUGCUCUAACAACCACCAUACAAUACUCCGCUUACACUCGACGUUCGAUCGCAAGGCAAUUUUUAUCGGUGGGAGGUGUUAGAUGAGCAAUCUCGUUCCAAAAUGGCGUGUAACGCCCCCACGAGUCGGUUCAUGUUUGUCGAGUACUCGAAACCCGUCGAACCAGUCAAGGGCCAAAAGAGGCGACGUGGCGGUCCCAGUGAAGUGCGAGCGCAUAUCACUAAAAACUACCAUCGAGCGCUGAGAGUCAAGCGCCUUGAGGCUCUCAAGAAGGGACAAGACGGCGGCACUGCCGAGAGAUCAAAACUGGAACCUCGCGAAGGCCCUGCACGGGAGGCGAGGGAAGGAGAAGAUGGUGAUUGCGAUGGCGUGGAUGAAGAAGAGCUCGGGGAGAACGGUGACGGAGAAGGGCAGUCCCCGCGCAAACCGUCCUGUACGCCUCCCGUGGGUGAUGACCACAAGGACAUCAUCCCCCACCUCAGCAGCGCCCGCGGCCUUCAAUCCGUCCUCGGCGAAGGUCGAAUCGAUCCCUUUGACGCCUUCCCUGUGCAGGGCGUGCCCCUUUUCGUCCAUCAAGUUCUCGACCACGCCCUGUCCUACUCCUGGCCCAACACCGUCCCCGUCAAACGUUCUCUUUCCAACAUGAACCCCGUCAAAUCUGCCUGGUUGAAGUGCGGCAUGGAGCAUCCCGUCGCAUUUCACGCCUUUGUCUACGCGGCGUCAUACCACAUCCUCUGUGCAUACAACGGGCGGGAGAUCAACGACUCGGCUCCCCUCCUACGACUGUCGCACAAGGUUGAAACGAUAAAGCUCGUAAAUGAGCAAUUACAGUCGCUCAGUCUCUCUCUCCCCAAGCGAAAACAACGAGACUACAAUACCUCGAGAGAAAACGGAAGUGGAAUCGGAGCUACCACGACAGCACCCACCGAUGCGCUGAUCAUGGCCGUGACGAUCAUGAGUAUUCAUAACACCAGGGACGAAACACCGUACCCGAAAGUCCAUCCUACAUCUCCCAUGGCCAAGGUCAACAACCUCCAUGUCUACGGCGCCAUGGUCAAUGAUGAAAAGCAUAUCCAGGGGAUUUUACUGUUGGUUAGUCAGAAAGGAGGGCUUGAAGGCCUUGAGAUGUACGGAAUGGCCGAUACAAUGCAAUUGUGCGAUCUGUACUUUGCUUCAAAAUACGUAUGCAGACCAAACUUCCCGUGGCGCCAUCCCAUCAAGUCACUCGUCUCUACAGGAAAGCAUUUGCUCGACCAUGUGGCCAUUGACUUGGAUUCCAAACUUGGCGCAGGGUUUCGCUACCUCCGUCAAAGUCCUGCCGGUCAGCAGUUGCUCGAGGCGUUGGACGCAUACUCCGAGAUCACCGUAGCCCUAGACCACCAUGUACGUGGUGGUUCCACUGCCCCAGAACUCGUGGAGCUUUCAGAAGCCCGGAACUGCGCCCAGCACCGACUCCUAUCUCAAAUACCGUGUCCGUUGGAUUUGUCGAACGCCGAACUGUGUGUCCAUCAAGCCGUCCGGUUAGGGGCACUGGUUUUCAGCGACAUGGUCAUCUUCCCUCUACCUCCUCCGCAAAGAGUGAAGCCCAGGCUUGCUCUGGCGCUGCAACAGACUCUCGAGGCCUGCGACCUUCUCGGCUGUUGGGACUUGCACGGUCAAGUCUUACUUUGGUCUCUGACGUUGGGAGCAAUUGCAUCAAACUUCACACCCCAACGAUGCUGGUAUAUUGAGCAGCUGCUACAGCAGAUCUUACUCUUACAGAUUCAAGACUCGUCAAUACUGGAACUGAUUUGCUCGAGGUUCUUGUGGUGGAAGCCGGUUUGCAGUGAGCCGCUCCAAUGGCUAUGGGACGAGAUGUUCCCACCGAGCACAAUAGAGCCCACUUGAGAGAGUACACAGAGGGAGUGAUACUCUGCCCUUAUUGUGGCUUGCACUGAGGAGCACAAUGCACUCAAGAGAAUGGCGACCCACUUACUUCCUUGGCUCUGACCAGGUACAAACUCCUAUGCUGUCCCAGAACCCUGGUCGAGUCUUCCUCAUGAAGCCGGAAGAGCUCCAGGCAUGACUCGCAAGGGUUGAGGAGUUUGGGCAUCAUCUUCAUGUUCGAUGACCUGACUGUCGGCACGAUGAUGACCAGCCCGCCAUCUAAGUCCCUCAAAGAUUCUCUCAGUUUCUUCUUGAGAGGGAAAAUGGUCCUCUGGCUUUGGCUCUUUGCGAUGAUCCACGAAUGAAGAGGAUCGCCGGUCGUCUUGAGUAGGAGGUCGCUCGUCAUCCUGGCCUUCCCUCACCCUUGUCUUACCCAUCCGUGGCCACAGGCCGGGCAGAGGAACCACUUGAACUCUUGGCUCGACGACCCUCUCCUCAAACCACGCUUGUGCUCUAGCUUCCACUAGUUGAGCAAUCUUUGGUACGUCCUGCAGGCGAGUGCGGGAUCCAAUCAAGCUUCGAACAGAAAUGUCGAGUCGAUAAUCGGGGAGGAAGGAAAAUGCGAGAUUGGUCUUGGGCUUACCCGAGGAGGCAUUCUUGUUUUCGCUGGAUGGGUCGUCCUCUGUGACAGGGACAAAACUUAUGGAGAGAGUGCCAGAGAAUCUUACGACCGAAACCGCAAGGGCGACUGGCAGCACGGCAGAAAAGGGUUUGGGGUAGUUGAGGAUGAGUGCGGUCUCGAUAGCUAGAGUCAGGUUGUCGUCUGAUAGGUCGACAUCCAUCAAAGCUUGUAGCCUUCCACCAGUGGCACUUGACAGAUCGUCAUCGACGGCGAUGACUCGAACAUUGCUGAAAAUGGGAAACUCUUCGCCCAUGGAAA